ACCUUGAUCGAGGCUAGCCGUGAUAUAAACAAGUGAACUCGGAAAAAUAGUUAAAAACGGAUAAUUGUCAGAUUUGUAAUGGAAGUGUGUUGUAUUGUAAACGAAAAGUUUUAAUAAUUUAAAUAUUCCGUCGUCUGUUGAUGAUUCGAAGAAAAUACCUACGAGAUGUUCAGUUUAAGAAGAAGUAUCAUUAGAAUAUUUUUUGAAGUUCUGUUAAAAGCUUUCCAAACCAGAUGGAUUUAAAAUUGUAAUAAAAAAUGCUUAACGGUUGACAUCAAAUUGUAAUAAGACUUUAAUAGAAUUUACUGAACACAGAUUAAUUCGAUUUAUAUUUAAUAUGGCUUGAUCAGCUAAUCAUGAUUGAAUCAAUUUUCUUGCAAUUAUUUGAAGAGUAAUGUGAAUUUUCUUUAUUUCUAUAAUUAACGAUAUAAUUUUUUCUGUAUUUUUAGUGUUAGAUGUAGAAUUGUUUUGGAAGCAUUCAUAUGUACAUGAUAUACAAAUGCAUGUAAUAAUUCUGUUCGUAAACAGUAUCCAUUUUAUUAGUCAAAGAUGUUUUUUAUUACAAAAAUAUCUGUUAAACUUUAAAUAUGUUAAGUUAAUACUAAGCUGAUUGAAAUAAUUUAUCUAGUCAUCAUAUGCACAAUGAUGAAUGUUUUAUCUGAUAUUUUAUGUGAUACUUCAAGUAUAAUGGCGCCUCAAAAUUUUAAAGAAACAUUAUCUCGAAACAAAAUUAUAUCUCAGAACAUGGCUUCAAAGCAGGGAUCAUUGCAUCUUUUGGGUUCUUCACAAAUUUCUGCUAUGGAGAGACCAAUGACAUCAACAAAUCAUACUAAUUUGGAUAUCUAUAAUGCACAAAAUCAAAUUCAUAUGUCAUCUAAUAUACAAACAGGAUUUGAUGCAUCAAAUGAUGUUUCUGUUUUUUCUGAUUCAUUUCCUGAAAUGGUUCCUUCUUGGCUUACCAAUGAUUUUAUGAAAACAUCAGAAUCAUUAUCAUCACCUGGCAUUUUAUCAAAUGUUCCUGACAUAUAUCCAUCAAGGCAAAAUGAGCAUCUAGAGAUGUUAGAUCUUGGGUUUUCUCCAGAAUUAACCUCUCACGAUGUCAGUUCUAAUGAAUUAAAUCAAUCUUGUAUGACAGAAGGUCAGAAACUUCUAAUGGAAUUACCAAUUCAGAGAUUUUCAAGCAAUGACUCUCUUUUAAUACCUUCUUUUAAUGGGAUUAAUGUAAAUGAAAUAAAUACUAUGCAGUACCAGAAAUUUAAACAGAAUCCCCCACAGAUCCCUAAUAAUCAAAUGAUAAAUUCAGUAUUACCUUGCGAAAGUGAUUUGCUUCAUCUCCCUCUGCAUUCAAACUUAACUGACCAGUGCCUUACAACCACUUCUAGUCCAUCUAUGAUGUCCAACAGUCAAAGUCAAUCACAUCCAGUAGAUGUCUGUGAUAAGUUACCUCAUAUCAAUCUUAACAACUUAGAUUCUUUCUUGGGCAGUGAAAAUGCCCUUUCUGAGAUUCAGCUACUUCCACAAACUUUCCCUAGUGUUGAUAUGCCAGGUGAAGUUAACUGUAAUCAGUCAAAUCAGUCAUGUUUGAACAAUUGUGUUCCAGAAUCUCAUGGCAUUCCUUGUGAGCCUGGAUCAUUUUUGAAUCCAAAUACAGCGCCUUUAUCAUCUACUCAGGACAUUUCUGUACAAGUAUCAGAAAGCGCCUUGAAUGAAAAUCUAUUAGAAAAUCAAUGUUUCUCUUGUAGUCAAGUUAAUCCAAAUGCUGCUAUUGAUAUAGUUCAGUGUUAUAAGUGUAAGUUUUGUGAUUAUAUAAACAUGCAUAAAUGUGCCAUUGAAAAUCAUAUAAAUACUAUGCAUUCCACACCGCAGAAUAUUUUGCCUGUCACAAAAAGUGAUUUAUCUUCUAGUGGCCCAAGCACUGUCGUAUCUAGUUCUUCCAUAUCUAUUGCAGAGCCAAAUCAAAUGAGAUUGUCUGAAUCAAAUUCUGCUGCUAGUACAACUACUGUCGUGUUGCCUUUAAAUGCAUCUAUUAACAAUGUAGUUGUAUCUCUUCCAAAUAAUAUUAUCCAGAAUACUGAAAGUUAUCAGUGCAUGAAUUGCAAUAAAGUGUUUUCUCAUGCUGUUUCAUAUAAAUCACAUUCACUGUCUUGUCAUAAUUUAAAUCCUGAGUCAACACAAAAUAUUGUUCAGAAUGCAGAGCAUUUACAAUGUAUUAAAUGUGGGAAAUUGUUUUCAGAUGCCAUUAUAUAUGCAACACAUUUAGUCACUGAUCAUAAUAUUGAUCCCAAGUCAGUAUUAAUUUCUAAUCAAAGUAUUUCCUCUGGUUACAGUAGUAACACAUCUCAAAUUGAAACCAUGUCUGGAAUCUAUAAUUCUAAUGUUGCUCUUAAGUAUCUGAAUAAUAAUGGCAAAUCAGAUGCUAAGCAAAGUGUGCUAACUAAGAAAAGACCAGUAUUAAUUCCUAAAAAUGGUAUUUCACCAAAUAUAAUUAAUCCUCUUCAAAAUGGCAACGGACCUCAUGCUGAUGGAAUCCUUGGAAGUAAUGAUUUAAGUGCCUCUCAACCAGAUAUGAUCAACUCCAAAUCAAAUUCAAAGCCAAGGUUGUUGCCAAAAAGGACAGAAGACCCAGCUCCAAAGUCUAAUACAAAAAAGACAAAUAAUGAGAUAUCGUCUUCUAAUGGUUCAGAAAAACAAAUAUCUUCUCACAAAAUUGCUUGGAAAAAGAAAUUUCAGAGAGAAUUAGGGUCUUACAUAUGUGAAUUCAAAGGCUGUAAUGUUCGAUUUCGAGCAUUGGAUAAUUUAGAAUAUCACAAUAAAUGUCAUGCAUCUGGUGGCUCAUUUGCUUGUCCUGAAUGUGGAUGCACUUUUGAAAAGUGGGGUGGUCUUGCUGGCCAUUUAUGGCGGAACCAUAAAAAUGACAUGGAACUCCAUGCAUGUGAUCAGUGCCCAUUCCGUACACACAGCUUAAGUCGAUUAGAAAAUAUCCACAAAAAAAUUCACCUGGAUGAAUGCUUAUUUUUGUGUGAUACUUGUGGAAAGAAAUUUAAAAAUGGGAAGCAAAUGAGAAACCACAGGGCUAUCCAUUUCAAUAAACCAAAAGUAAAGUCAGCAGUAUCUCGAGACUUUAAAUGCAAAGUAUGCUCCAACCAUUUUUUGUCCAAAGUUUUACUUCGACAUCAUCUGGAUACAGUUCACAAUAUAAAACCAAAAAUCUAUGUUUGCAACUUUUGUGAGUACACUAGCCAUAAACGAAGCACAUUUGAGAUGCAUAUGAGGAAGCAUACAGGAGAGAAACCAUUUAAAUGCGAUCAGUGUGAUUACUGUACUUCUGACCAUAAUUCCCUCAGACGUCAUAAAAUGAAGCAUUCUGGAGAAAAGAAAUAUAAGUGCCCCUAUUGCCCGUAUUCAGCUAUUCAGGCUAGUACAUUCAAGUCUCAUCUCAAAAAGCAUCCUGGUCAUAAUGAUCUCAUGUUUUCUUGUAAGAUCUGUACCUUUCAAACGUUGAAAGAAGAAACUUUUGUUCAGCACAUGAAAGAUCAUGAAAGUUUGAAAGUGUUGGAAAAAGUGAAUUCUUUGAGUGAAAUGAAUUCCACAGAAGAUACAUUUCCAUUAGCAGAAGCAAUGGACAUUACUUUCUCUCAUGGUGAUAAUAAUCUUAUCCCUUAUUUAAAUAAGGAUAGGAAUAUGCAGUCAUUUUUUAACAAUUUAGGUGUUAAUAUGGUGUCAGUCUGUCAAGAAAGUGCUACUUAAUAUGUAAGGUGUUUUUUUAUGUACAUUUAUGCUUUAUACUAUAGUUGGUUGGUUGUCUUUUCUUGGAAUAGAACAA